AGCAUCCAUCGGGCGCCUCCUCUGAUUAUCUCACUGACAGUCAGAGGGGAGGCCUCUUUGCAUCUCGCUACAUACGAAACUUGAGCACUGUGCACAUUUAUUGUGGCCGUCUCUAGUGUUACAAUGAAGCCAUCGGGAAGUACUAUGAUAUCUUCAUCGAGCAACCACACCCUGAACUCAACAGGUGGUGGCUGUCCAUGGGAGGUCAGCGACAAGGCCAGACUGUGUCGCUUCCUCUGCUAUGGCUCGGAGGGAGACCUAUACACAGCCAGAGAGGAGGGUCAUGUCACCAUGGAGAGCGCUGGAACCCUGCUCUCCAUGCUGCAGGAGGGCCGAGGUGCUGAGGUGGUGGAGGAGAUAAAAAGGUUCACUCAGGAUGGGCGAGCCGUCGGACUCGGCCCGUCCUUUUUUGCCUUAGCUUUGUGCUCCCAGCACUCAGAGCUGAAGACCAGACAGGCAGCAUUCAAAGCCCUGAAGGAAGUUUGUCGGGACCCUGCCCACCUGUUUUCAUUCAUCCAGAACAAGAAGGAAUUGAAAGAAGGUAUGAAGUGUGGUAUUUGGGGACGUGCCCUGAGGAAAGCAGUGUCUGACUGGUACAACGAGCAAGAUGCCAUGAAUCUGGCUGCAGCGGUGACCAAAUGUAAACAGAGAGAAGGAUGGUCACACCAGGAUCUGCUUAGGCUGUCUCACACUAAACCAGCUAAUGAAGCAAUUGCCUUGAUCUGCAAAUAUGUAACAAAAGGAUGGAAAGAAGUCCAGCUCGCUUACUCUGACAAAGAGAACUCAGAAGAGGUUGUCAAAGUGCUUUCGUAUCUUGAAGUGGUGGAGAAGGUCAAGCACAGUUGUGAUGAAACAGAGGUCGUCAAUUUAAUAGAGGAACACAAACUGGAGAGGGAACAGCUGCUGACAGACCACCUGAAGUCCAAACCGGUAUGGAGAGCUUUGUUGAAGGAUAUGCCUCUCCAAUCAGUGCUAAGGAUCUUGGGUAAGAUGACGUCAAACAAUAUUCUUGAACCAGGAAGUUCUGAAACACAAGAUAUAUGUGACAGAAUCCAGAGCGAGACGGCACUAACCAAGGCAAAGAUUCAUCCUUUCAACAUACUCUUGUCUUCUGAAAACUACAAAAGAGGCCAAGGCUAUCAGGGUAAAACGAAAUGGGAACCUGACCGCAGCAUCCUCAAAGCAAUGGACUCUGCCUUCUACAAGAGUUUUACGAAUGUGGAGCCUGUGGGUAAACGCUUCCUUGUGGCAGUAGACGUGAGCACAUCACUGAGCAGCAUUGUCCCAGGGACGUCAGUCAGCACUGCAGUCGCCGCUGCAGCUAUUACCAUGGUUUUUGCGAAGACAGAGGCAGACACGCAUGUGCUGGCCUACUCUGAAGGCGCUUUGGUUCCAUGCUCCAUCUCUGCUGACAUGACUCUCGCACAAGCAACAUUUGAACUGGUGAAGAUCCCAGGUGGGAGCACAGACUGCACCCUUCCCAUCACAUGGGCCACAGAGAAUGGGAAAGCUGUAGAUGUGUUCAUCAUCUUGACCAACAACCCGCUGUGGACGUUUACUGCCAGCCCAGUGCGGUCUCUGAAGAAGCAUAGACAAAAAUCAGGAGCCAAUUCCAAGUUGGUGAUGUGUGGACUGACUUCCAUCGGACACGCUAUCGCAGACACAGAAGACAGGGGUUUAGUGAGCAUCUGUGGCUUUGACCUAGGAGCUUUAAGCGUCAUUCGUAACAUAGCCCAGGAUCUGAUCUGAUAAAAGUAUUGUGAUCGUCGUUAUAGCACAAAGGGAAGGCACUAGUGGGCUCACUUAGCAUGUAGAGUGCACUAAAACAGCACUAGGUCAAGAUAUUGACCUGUACAAUUACAAUUUCUCUAUUUGUAUUAUGCGGCUUACAAGUCAAUUGACAAAUUGUUCAGCGGGCUGGACAACACUCUGCAAAUGUUAUGUGCAUAUUUUUUCUAUUGGAAAAGGAAGUGAUCAGACAUGAUAUGUCGUUGCAUAUCGUGUUGUCAAGAGUUUAACUGCAAAAGAGAAAAUUCUGCACCUUUUUAUGUGGAUGUCCAAUCAGUGUUGAUAUUAAAUGUCGUCCACGUUAAGAGUGGCACAUUUCACUUUUAAGUGCUUUGAUGGUACUUGGUGAGACACUAACCCAUUGAAGACAUUUCCCUCAUUGCUAGCAACAUGUUGGCAGAUUAAAUAAUGGGACAAGAGUCAGAAAAUGUAAACCUUAGUGCAACUGUAGGUUUAUUUUAAGAGAUUUACUGUUUCUAGUAUGUAUCUAUUUUAUUAUUUGAUCAGGUUUGAUGUGAUGGUAGAGGCAUUUUAAAUGUGAAAGCCUUACUUCUUAUGUAGCAUUAUUGUAAAUGAUUAACAGAUAUAUUGUGAAAGAGAAGAGUUAAAACAAAGCACCAAAAGUCAACGGACUACAAUGUAUUCUGUUGGCUUUUCAAAUUAUUUGAGUUAUUUGGUCAGAAAAUAUUUUUUUGUAAUAUUAAUGUCUAGAACUCAUUUACACAACUUUAGCCGAGGUACAAUUUUUGUAUUAACAUUUGUUUUCCCCUUUUAUUCUAUUGUAAUUUAAAACUGUGCUCGUGUCCAAUGCAAGAAAACAUGUGGUGCUCUAAAAUGUGAUGACACAUUUUUGGGGGAAUAUUUGAGAUUUCGCUUUGUGAAACAAUAAUGCCAAUGUUUGGAAAUAUAAAUCAGUUUACUGUAGUUUAAUUUCACAGUAUUGUAAUGUCCGGGAAACAAAUCAUUGCUAUUUAACAUCUGUUUACUGAGACUGAAUCUUCACAGUAAUAUUUCUGUAUUUUGAUGUAAGAAUGUUCGUUAUGCAAAAACUAACCGAUAACUGCUAACCUCCCCAGAAUAAAAUUAAUAUAAUGUACUUUUGUAAAACAUGUAACUAGAGAUUUAAAGUACAAUGUACAAACCAAUGCUGAUUAAAGUGUUGUAGUGUCCUUGCAGCGCCUGGUUAAUAUCCUUUAGGCAGGGUAGAGCACCGCCUAUUGUAUGUCCAGCCUAACAAACCACUCUUUACUGACCGCAUUCACUAAACGUGUCAGUUGUCAUUCACUAACUGGUGUACUUCGCUCUUCAUAAAGAGGAACACAUUCCUGGUCAACGUUACUGUGAAGGAUUUUGGUCCAUGAAUGCCUACACUGUCGUUUCCAAUGGAAAGAUAAUGUCCAGUGGUCGGUCAAAGGUCAACAUGUUAUAAAACUAAAAUAUGUGUACGAUAUGAGCGUUACGUUUGUAGUUGAAAGUAUGAUUGCAUUACACAAGAUAGUUAUUACGAGGUUCACAAGUGUUUCACCACCAUGGUUAACUUUUGCCCUAUCAUGUUGUCUGUUGACUGUUGACUGUAAACUCCUAAUAAACACUUUG